AUGGAGCAUACAGUUCAAGAUCAAGUUAUCAUUGGUCUAAGUAAUAAGCAGAUAGUUCCUGGUAUUUUGGCUGCUGAUCAUAAAGACGAAGAUGAGCUUCUCCAUAGUAUUCAAGAAUUUGAAAGAGUUUAUGGUCAGGUGAAUGGCCAGUCCAGGUGGCAGAGCAGGCAGUUUGCUGAUUCCCACAAGUGGAGCCAUUCAAGAUCUCCUGCAAUACCGGUGCAAAAUGUUUCUAGUAGCGUGCAUAUGCAGUCAUCUAUUAAUAGGACAGAGUCGACAGGAGCAACUACAGGAGAUGCUGUAGCUGAAACCAUCGAUUCGUCGUCGAGUGCUGAUGAGAAAAGAAAGAGGCGCGGUUUAAGCUGUUAUUUCUGUAAAGGAGCUAGACAUCUACGCAGGAACUGUCCAAAGAGGAAGCUGAGUCCAGAAGCGGCGCAUACUUCGGUCGUCCAGAGUUCUCCAGCAGCUGUUCAGACAGUUGUAGAGGGUGAUUUCAUGAAGAAAUGGGAAUCUGAAUACGAGAAAAUUCCCAAUCAGGAAAGGUUUCCUCUGAAAAUGUACGUUUGCAGUGGCUCUUCGUCAUUUAUUCGUCCAGCACCAGAGAUUGCAGAGAUUGCCCAAGCCCGAGUGAGGUCAGGAUGA